GGAGAGGCGUGCACAGUGUGUUCAGCGCAGGCUGCAUGAGCCGGGCUCAGGGGCAGGAGGAGAGGGCGCAGGCAGAGGGGGAAGCUACGGAGCCACCUACGUUAUGUGAGGCACAAAACACGCUGAUAACUGCAGCCCGGGAAUUUGGAAGCCGAGCGCCAUGGAUGAAAUCUAUUCUCUGGGGAUAGCCGACCUUUCCUAUCUGCCAAAUUCAGGAGAAUACGCUGGCGGAAGGCUGAAGAACUGCACCGAGGAAUGGGGGGAGCGGAUUUCCAGCCCCGCCGUCUCCAGAUCUCCCGCUCCCAACUGGAAGGAGACGCUGAUGAACCGCAAAAGGCCGUUUGUGGGACGCUGUUGCAACGUUUGCAGCCCCCAGAGCUGGGAUAAGUUUUAUAAUCCCAGCAUCCCAUCCCUGGGCCUUCGGAAUGUGAUUUACAUCAACGAGACGCACACCAGGCACCGGGGCUGGCUCGCUCGCCGCCUCUGCUACAUCCUCUUUGUACAGGAACGGGACGUCAGUAAAAGCAUGUUCUGCAGCAACAUGGCCGAGACGGUGCUGAACCAGGCCAGGGUCAGAAAAGCCAUCGAAGAUGUGGCCUCUGAAAUGAGCCAGACCGGUAAGCCUGACCCAAAGUCCACGAGCAAAGUUAAGAGGAAAGCGAAGAAAAUUCUCCAGGAAAUGGUGGCGUGCAUUUCCCCCGCAAUGAUCAGGUUGACCGGUUGGGUUCUGCUGAAGCUGUUUAAUAGCUUUUUUUGGAAUAUCCAGAUUCACAAAGGCCAGCUGGAAAUGGUGAAAAAAGCGUCCACGGAGAUGAAUUCCCCGCUAAUUUUCCUGCCUGUUCACAAGUCUCACAUCGACUACCUGCUCCUCACGUUCGUCUUGUUCUGCCACAACAUCAAAGCUCCGCACAUAGCGGCUGGGAACAACCUCAACAUUCCCAUCUUCAGCACUUUGAUUCGCCUUUUGGGAGGGUUUUUCAUUCGCCGGAAACUUGAUGAGACCCGGGAUGGAAAGAAAGACAUUCUAUACAGGGCGCUGCUGCGCGGGUACAUUGAGGAGCUGCUUUGCCAGCAGCAGUUUCUGGAGAUCUUCCUGGAGGGCACCCGGUCCCGGAGCGGGAAGACGUCGUGCGGCAGAGCCGGUAUUCUCUCCGUCAUCGUCGAUACCGUCUGCAAAGGCACCUCUCCCGAUGUCCUCAUCGUACCGGUCGGAAUCUCCUACGACCGCAUCAUCGAAGGCCAUUAUAACAGCGAACAGCUGGGCAAACCGAAGAAAGACGAGAGCCUGUGGAGCGUGGCGAGGGGAGUUUUCCGGAUGCUGCGGAAGAAUUACGGCUGCGUGCGGGUCGACUUCGCGCAGCCGUUUUCCUUGAAGGAAUAUUUGGAAACUCAGAGGCAGAGACCCUCUCUUGGACCACAAAGUCUGGAACAAGCGUUAUUACCGUCCAUCCUCUCUGCCGGACCAAACGACGCAGCGAACGAAGUUCUCGCUCUUCCUGAUCUCGGAAACCCAGCGGACGACCAUCUCAGACGCCAGAUGAUCGCCAACCUGGCCAACCAUGUGCUUUAUACCGCCGAGAAGUCCUGCGCUGUGAUGUCCACCCAGAUAGUCGCCUGUCUGCUGCUCUAUCGAUACAGGAAGGGCGUGAAUCUGUCGCUCUUGGUGGAAGACUUUUUCUCCAUGAAGGAGGAGGUCUUGGCUCGGGAUUUCGACCUCGGGUUCUCGGGCAGCUCUGAAGACGUGGUGGUGCACGCCAUCCACCUCCUCGGCAACUCGGUGAACAUCACCCACACCGUCCGCAGCAACGAGUUCUUCAUUGCCCCCAACACCAGCAUCCCCUCUGUGUUUGAACUCAAUUUUUACAGCAACGGGGUCCUGCACGUCUAUAUCAUGGAGGCCAUAGUAGCCUGCGCACUGCAUGUCGAGCUCCACAGGAGAGCCCCGGAUCAGUCGCUGGCUGCCACGAACGGGGCGAUCAGUCAGGAGCGAUUGAUCCGCGCGGCGGCCGGCUUGUGCUACCUCUUAUCCAACGAAGGAAUUCUAGCUCUGCCGUGUCAGAUGUACGGUCAGGUUUGCCACGAGGCAGUGCAGAGGUUAAUUACGUACGGGAUCGUCCUGGUUGCAGAGGAAGACCAGGAGGACGCGAGUCCGAAUCCCGAGGAGCAGCCGUGGGAGAACAAGCUUCCCGAUCGCCUGCCGUGGCGCAACGAGGAGGAGGAUGAAGACAGCGACUUCGGGGAGGAGCAGAGAGAUCGAUAUUUAAAGGUCAGCGCGUUACCGGAGCACCAGCAGUUCAUCGCCUUCCUGCAGAGGCUCCUCGGUCCGAUUCUGGAGGCUUACAGCUCGGCGGCGUCCUUCCUCCACGGCUUUGAGGGUCCGGUUUCAGAGAGGGAGUUCACACAGAGUCUGCACAAACAUCUCCUCUCCAGGACCGAGAAAACAGUAGCUGUUUACGCUGAAAGCGCCACCCUGUGUCUUGCAAGAAAUGCUGUGAAGACUUUUGUGGAUCUUGGGGUUUUCCAGGUCCGCAAGGAAAACCGCAAUUCCGUUUUAGAUUUGAGCAGCACUUUCCUACCUCAAAGUAACCGAUACAAGCUCUUGGAACACAUCCUGGGAUUUAUGGUCCUGUAGAAGGGGACGCGAAUCCGGCCGUGAUAACCCAACUAAAGGUGCCGCCGCUGCGCACCAAGCGCUGACAGCCAAGUGCCUUCCCCACCGCCGGGCCGCCCGCUUUCCCCACCAUCCCGUUUACUGUGAUCUCUGAGCGGGUCCUUCAACGUCUUCCACAUCUUCGGAGCCGAAGAGAAAUAUUUAAUUAUUACGCAAAAAAAAAUAAUAGAAGAUCCUUGGCAUCGCCUGAUCCAAUCAACAGCAAUAUCAAUGACUUUUAAUCUAUAGAGACGGCCAAUCAGGCUGAAAUGAUCCGGACUAGAAUUUUUUUUAAUGUCGUAGACUUGCAUGAUGUUUCUUUGCCAUACGGUACAUACUUUUUGUGUUGACACUAGAUUGUAGACGUCGCUAGCCGAGGCUGUAGCCGUUCGAGGUGAGACCCCUGCGGACCGAAUCACUGGAAGUUAAUUGCAUUUUAUUAGGGGGGGCCGUAAAAUGUUUCCUCCGGGAGAAUAAAUGCUUAUACUAUCCAAUGUCUGAUUUGGUCAGGUCACGUUACUAACGUCACGCGGUCCAAGUUGCCUGACUUGGCAAAUGAGUUUUCCCUAAACUCUUCCAAAGGAGUUCGAUAAAAUAGUUGUUACAAA